AUUCCUUCCUAUUUUAAUCUUUCGUAGUCAUUUAUUUAUUUAUAAUUAUUGGCUAGCUGCUUUUAUUUAUUUAUUUAGAGCUUUUUAAUAAUUCACUUGAUUUGUGCUGGCUUUAUUCAUUUGCAUGCUUGCUUAUCUUGUUCAACUUUACCUAUUAGAUAGUUUUCUUGUGAUGUUGGGCGGAUACAUUUUUCAUAAGGACAAUUCUAUCAACCGAGAUGAAGAGAAUUUGGGAAAUUUGAUGAUCGAAAACAAGAGCGGAUAGAAUUACGAGAAUGUUUGAAAAAAGUAUGUACAAAAGGUUGUGUAGUUGAGGACCCUUGUUUCCAUUUUUCGUGUCCCUGGACAAUUUCCGGCGCUAACCUUGAUUGUCUCCCAAGUUAAGCUACCGUAUUUGACUUCUCAAGAUGUAAGCACGAGCUUCUAUAGAUGUUAGCCUCAAUAAAGCUGUUCCAGAAAAUAGAUGCUCGCUGGCUUGUGUGAAGGGCAGAUAAGGGGCUGAUGGAACACACGAAGAGUGUCACGAGUGACAACCCUUCUACCUCCCCUGGCAAUAAAAUGAAGAAACCAGGAGGCCAUAAAAAUUAUUCUAAUAAAGAUGAUAAUGCGCAAAAUGAUCUUUGGACAGAUGGGCUCAUUUGUGCUUUUGAAUUCGUCCGGGGCCCAAAAAAAUCAAUUCAUUCAAGAUCUCGUUCGAAAAUCCCAUCACGAUGGCAAGUGGAUGGUGAAGUGGAUGGUGAAGAUUUAGAGAUGCAAGUGCCUGCAAAUGGAAAAGCUGAGUCUUCUUCCCCGCCAAUAGAUGGGAACAAACUAUUAGAGUUGAAUUCCUUAAAAGAACUCAGAAGCAAUGAGACUUCUUCUUUUGAUGACUACAAAUAUGUUCAGACCCAUCAAUCAAGCCAAUGCCAGGGUAUAGAAAGACUUGAAGGUAGUCAUUGGGUACCAAUUGGCUGGGCUAGAAUUUCAGAACUUGUUAAAACUGUCCAAGUGGAUGCUGAACUGUCCUUGCCGGAGUUUGAGUCCAUAGAUGAUGACCUAACUGUUGCAGAUCUAGCAGCUCCCUAUUGGGAACGUCCAGUAGGGCCCACAUGGUGGUGCCAUGUGUCUGCAGGUCACACCUCGGUUCAGGCAUGGCUCAGCAAUUCUCAGCUGUUACAUCCGGCUGUAAGUUUAGCUCUAAGAGAUGAAAGUCUCCUAAUCAGCGACAGGAUGAAACACCUUUUGUAUGAGGUCCCAGUUAGAGUUGCUGGGGGGCUGUUAUUCGAGCUCUUGGGACAAUCAGUUGGUGUUCCUUUUGUUGAUGAGGAUGACAUCCCCAUUGUUCUUCGGUCUUGGCAAGCACAAAACUUCCUAAUAACAGCAUUGCACUUAAAGGGAAAUGUUUCCAAAACAAAUGUGUUGGGUAUCACAGAAGUUCAGGAGCUGCUUUCUUCUGGAGGUUAUAAUGCACCAAGAACAGUGCAUGAAGUCAUUGCACAUUUGGCUUGCCGCCUUACUCGAUGGGAUGAUAGGCUAUUUCGUAAAGACAUAUUUGGGGCAGCAGACGAGAUUGAAUUGAAGUUCAUGAACAGGAGAAACCAUGAAGAUAUGCAACUCUUUAGUGUAAUUCUCAACCAUGAAAUCAGAAAGUUAUCGAGACAGGUGAUCAGAGUGAAGUGGUCACUUCAUGCAAGAGAAGAGAUUGUGUUUGAACUUCUCCAACAAUUGAGAGGAAAUAUGGCAAGAAGCUUGUUAGAGGGAAUAAGAAAAAGUACAAGAGAAAUGAUUGAGGAACAAGAAGCUGUUCGUGGCCGCCUGUUUACCAUUCAAGAUGUGAUGCAAAGUACUGUUCGUGCAUGGCUACAGGAUAAAAGCCUUCGAGUAACCCAUAAUCUUGCUGUUUUUGGGGGAUGUGGCCUUGUUCUUUCUAUCAUAACUGGGUUAUUCGGGAUCAAUGUUGAUGGAAUCCCGGGAUCAGAGAGUACGCCAUAUGCAUUUGGUUUAUUUGCAGCGAUCCUCUUCUUCUUGGGAAUUCUACUAAUUGUAGUUGGACUGGUUUAUCUUGGGUUGAAGAGGCCUGUUACGGAGGAGCAGGUUGAAGUCAGGAUGUUGGAGCUUGAAGAGUUGGUUAAGAUGUUCCAGCAUGAGGCAGAGACUCAUGCCCAAGUUCGUACGAGAUUUUCUCGUAAUAACUUGCCCCCAACUGCUGGUGACACAUUAGAUGAUGUGGAUUAUCUUCUCAUACAAUGACUAUAUGCUUGUUCUAUACAUUCUGCACCACUGGGCAAUGACCAGACUCCUGACCCGAAAAAGAAAAAAAGAAAAAAGAAAAGAAAAAAAGAGCAGUGAUUAAUCUUGCUGAUUGCUACACUACUUAUUUUUGCAAGUUAGACUGGUUUAGAAAAGAGAGUGAAGGAUCAUGGAGAAGACGAUGGAUGUGAUACACUAAUCUUAGAAUGUAAUCUUUAACGACGACUAAGAGAAUUUGUAAUUUGUAUUUAAUACUUGGAACUAUUAUUCAAAUUUUGAUAUGUUUCAAAGCUCUCA